AUGGCCCCGAACUUAAACAAAGAAGCAGAGCAUAUCCGCAACAAAGCGAGAAAGGAGCUACUCGGGCUACUUGAAGGCGUCCGCGGCAAGAAGAAUCUUGUGGUCGGGAAAGAUUUGACAGGUCUGUUGGGGCUGUUUGUCCAAUUUUCUACUCUCAAGGAAUAUGGGGUAGACAAAGUGUUUGAGCUCGAAAAUGGCAACACCGAUUCUUCGCAGCGAAACAUUGUAUAUCUCGUUCAUGGGGAAAAGGCCAGCCUUGUUCAGGCUGUAGCAGAACAGGUCAAGAAGCUCCAAAGAAAUAGUCCAGUUGAACAUGAAAUUUCAAUCUUCUGGGUUCCUCGAAGAACCUUGGUGUCCAACAAAGUCUUAGAAGCUGAGGGCGUGCUUGGAGAUGUCAACAUCUCGGAGCUUCCGUUGUUUUUCCUGCCUCUGGAAGAUGACAUGUUCUCCUUAGAGCUCGAUAGUGCUUUCAAUGACUUGUACCUGAAACAUGAUCCAUCUCCGCUAUAUCUUGCUUCGAAAGCGCUUAUGCAGAUCCAACAGCGGCAUGGUCUAUUCCCAAGAAUUCUCGGUAAGGGCGACAACGCGAGGAGGCUUGCAAAUCUUCUCCUUCGAGAACGUAAAGAACUUGAUGCGGACGAGGCUUCCACACAGUAUACGAGCAUGCCCAGCACAACUAUCGAGCAGCUAAUUAUCAUCGAUCGUGAUGUUGACUUUGCCACUCCCAUGUUGACACAACUGACAUAUGAGGGUUUGGUUGAUGAAUUAGUCGGCAUCAAGCAUAAUCGUGCAGAGGUUGACUCAUCAAUUGUGGGAGCCGCCCCUCAGCAACGCCCACAAGCAGGGGCAUCGUCUGCGACAUCUCCUCCACCGACAGUCCGCCAGGGCUUGAAGCGGAAGAUUCAGCUAGACUCAUCCGACCACCUCUACACCGAGCUCCGUGCCUCGAAUUUUGCUCUUAUCGGCCCAACAUUGAACAAGAUAGCUCGUCGUCUCGAAUCAGAUUAUCAAGGUCGGCACAGCGCUCGAGGCAUUAAUGAACUACGAGAAUUUGUCAAUAGGCUACCCGGGUAUCAACAAGAACAUCAAUCUCUCGCUGUGCAUACCAAUCUCGCGGACGAUAUGACGAAGCAUACACGAUCCGAUAUCUUUACACGAGAGCUUGAAGUGCAGCAGAACAUUGCCGCAGGGACAGAUCCGAUUUAUCAACAUGAUACAAUUGAAGAACUCAUGUCACGCGAUGUUCCAUUGAGCAAUGUCCUCCGCUUGCUAUGUCUUGAAUCCACAAUCGCCGGUGGCCUUCGACCUAAGGAUCUGGAUUUCUUUAGAAGGCAGAUCCUACACGCCUAUGGUUAUCAGCAUCUACUGACCUUGGAUGCAUUAGAGAAGAUGGAGCUCCUGCAACCUCGAUCGUCAGCUUCAGCCCUUCUCCUUCCCGUUGGGGGUGGCUCGUCUCAGUCCGAAAAGGGAACUAAGACUAAUUAUGCGUACCUUCGUAAAGAACUGAGACUUAUCGUUGAUGAGUACAAUGAAAACGAUCCCGAAGACGUGGCUUAUGUAUACUCUGGCUAUGCACCGCUCAGCGUCAGGAUAGUGCAGUGUGUUCUACAGAAGCAGUACCUCCAGUCUCUGCACAAGUCACCACUACCACUGACACCCACUAGUACUGGAUGGACAGGUUUUGAAGAUAUUCUCAAGUCGGCCAAGGGACCUACAUUUAAUGUCGUCCAAAAGGCGACCGAUGAGAAGGCUGCUAAAGCAAGAGUUGCUCUUUCAGGAGCGGUGGGCUGGAAGACUAUCUUUGUCAUGUUCCUGGGCGGGAUAACAUUCACUGAGGUGGCAGCUCUAAGAUUCAUAUCUAAGAAAGUCGCUGAAUCGGGACAGCGGAAGAAAAUUGUCAUCUGCACUACAAGCGUCAUAAGUGGAAGGAGUAUCAUGGAUGGUGUGAUAGAGCAGGCAAACUUGGGAUCCGGUCUCGCUUCUUCAUCAUCGUCUUCAUAG